CUCACUUUUCACUUUAAUUCAACCUAAUAUAAAACAACACCCAUGCUCUCCUUCUCUUUCAGAAACCAUCUCCUCUCCAACCAAUUAAACUAACGCACCACACCCUCUGCUUCAUUUUCACACAUUCGGAUCCUUCCCAGAUUUCUGCCCAUCUCCAAUUUAUCUCUCCAGAUUUGCUUCAGAUUUCGUGUUGAAUGCGCAUGUUAACGUCGUUUGAGAGAAAAUAUGGAGUGUUUGCAUUAUUUGGUUGAUUUGAGCGGGCAUUUUUGUCACUGAAACCGAAGAAGAAAAUGCCCACAAUUAAUUGGGCUUUUCUCCUUGUGUUGUUGUUCCUGCAAGUUUGCAAUGGGUUUUAUUUGCCCGGAAGUUAUAUGCACACGUACUCAAAUAGGGAGCCCAUAUUUGCCAAAGUUAAUUCAUUGACUUCCAUUGAGACUGAGCUUCCGUAUAGUUACUAUAGUUUGCCUUAUUGUACACCACUUGGUGGGGUCAAGAAAAGUGCGAAGAAUCUUGGAGAACUCCUUAUGGGAGAUCAGAUUGAUAACUCCCCAUAUCGGUUUCGUAUGAAUCUGAAUGAGACAAUUUUUCUUUGCAUUAUGAAUCCAUUGAGUGAGCAUGAGGUUAAGCUUUUGAAACAGAGAACACGGGAUUUGUACCAAGUGAAUAUGAUUUUGGACAAUUUGCCUGUGAUGAGAUAUGCAAAGCAAAAUGGGGUUACUAUUCAGUGGACUGGAUUCCCAGUGGGGUAUACUCCGGCUAAUAGUAAUGAUGAUUACAUUAUUAAUCAUCUCAAGUUCACUGUUUUGGUUCAUGAGUAUGUGGGGAGUGGGGUUGAGAUUAUCGGUACUGGUGAAGAAGGUAUGGGUGUGAUUUCAGAAUCUGAUAAUAAGAAGGCCGCUGGAUAUGAGAUUGUUGGUUUUGAGGUUGUACCUUGCAGUGUUAAGCAUGAUCCAGAAGUUAUGACAAAACUUCACAUGUAUGAUAACAUAACAACAGUGAAGUGCCCCUCAGAGCUUGACAAGUCUCAAAUAAUAAGGGAGCAAGAGAGAAUAUCAUUCACAUACGAGGUCGAAUUUGUCAAGAGCAGUACAAGAUGGCCAUCUCGGUGGGAUGCUUACUUGAAGAUGGAAGGUGCUCGUGUCCACUGGUUCUCAAUCCUUAAUUCAUUGAUGGUGAUAGUUUUCCUGGUUGGUAUAGUGUUUGUCAUAUUCUUGAGGACUGUGAGAAGGGAUUUGACAAGGUACGAGGAAUUGGACAAGGAAGCUCAAGCACAAAUGAAUGAAGAACUUUCUGGCUGGAAGCUUGUUGUGGGUGAUGUAUUCAGAGAACCAGAUCAUUCAAAGCUUCUUUGUGUGAUGGUUGGAGAUGGAGUUCAAAUUACUAGGAUGGCGGUUGUCACAAUUGUUUUUGCAGCCUUUGGUUUCAUGUCACCAGCUUCACGAGGAAUGCUAUUGACAAGGAUGAUAUUUCUAUAUCUUUUCUUGGGUAUUGCUGCUGGUUAUGUUGCUGUACGUAUGUGGAGAACCAUCAAGGGAACCUCUGAAGGAUGGAGAUCAGUCUCUUGGUCUGUUGCGUGCUUCUUUCCUGGAAUUGUCUUUGUUAUUCUAACAGUAUUGAACUUCAUUCUUUGGGGCAGCAAGAGUACUGGUGCCAUUCCCAUUUCUCUCUAUUUUGUGCUCUUGUCACUUUGGUUCUGCAUUUCUGUGCCGCUCACUCUAUUGGGUGGAUUCUUUGGGACCCAAGCUGAGGCAAUUCAGUAUCCUGUACGAACCAACCAGAUUCCUAGAGAAAUACCUGCUCGCAAGUAUCCAUCAUGGCUUCUUGUUCUUGGUGCAGGAACUCUUCCAUUUGGAACCCUAUUCAUUGAACUUUUCUUCAUUCUCUCCAGCAUCUGGCUAGGAAGGUUCUAUUAUGUGUUUGGGUUUCUGCUGAUAGUUUUGUUAUUGCUGGUUGUUGUUUGUGCGGAAGUAUCCGUGGUUCUUACAUACAUGCAUCUUUGUGUUGAGGAUUGGCGGUGGUGGUGGAAGGCAUUCUUUGCUUCAGGUUCAGUUGCACUCUAUGUGUUCCUGUACUCGAUCAAUUACUUGGUCUUUGACCUGCAGAGUUUGAGUGGGCCGGUGUCUGCUGUACUUUAUCUUGGUUAUUCGCUGAUUAUGGCAGUUGCUAUCAUGUUGUCCACUGGCACCAUCGGCUUCCUAAUGUCUUUCUACUUUGUCCAUUACCUAUUCUCAUCCGUGAAGAUUGAUUAAAAGUUACCGUUGUUGUGAUUCCUCAUCGAACUGUGAAUCUUCAUAGACUGGGUGGAGAAAACUCCAGUACGUAGAGAAGGAGUUUUCUUGGUUCAUCAUUAGAAGACAUGAUAGAUUUAGAGGUGGUGAUUUUCUGUCUUAUUACCCUCUAUAUUGGCAUUUCGUUAUUCUCAUUUUAACUAGUUUUGAGCUACAUUUGAAUUACGCGUCCCAGUUUACAUUAGUUGCUCUACAAAAUUGUGAUUGGUUAGUUUUUCUAUCAUUGUAUUUUGUUUUCAUUUUAUCAUUCAAGAGACACGGUUAAAUGGUCA